CGGCGCACCUGGAGGAAAUUGGUGAGGUCAGACCACAGUGGGUCUAUUCCAUGUACAGUCAAACGCACUUUCACAGCACCACUCACGAGGUGCUGGGGGUGGUUUCCGGCCGUGCACGGCUUUGCUUCGGUGGGGAAGCGAACCCCGAACGCUUCGAGCCGACCGUCGAAAAAGGAGAUCUGAUUAUCGUGCCCGCCGGCGUCGGCCACCGGCUGCUGGAGGAGCUCGGCUCUGACCAGGGUGACCCUUUCCAGAUGGUUGGCGCUUAUCCGCCCCAGAAACAAUGGGAUAUGUGCUAUGGUGACUCAAGGGAGGAAGACAAGGUUUCGCGGAAUAUCCAUGCCUUGAGUUGGUUCCACAGCGACCCCUUGUGUGGGCAGGAUGGGCCUGUGCUGCACGUCUGAAGGAUUUCAU